AACUAUUCACGAGGGUGACCAUCGCGCAAGACGCCUUCACUGACCCACGGAAAGCCCACGAUCCCCGUGUACACGGCCACCAGCAGAACCUCAUUGAUUUAACCUCAACCCACAUCACGUGUCCACCGUUUAUUUCGGGUUUCGACGUGAAGAAGCUUAUUAGUAUCCAGCGAAACGUGAGCUGGAGUGACGUCCGAGUCGGGAAAACAAUGGACCAGCCAGAGGAGGAGCUGGAGCAGAUCGCCACAUGGUUCAGUGAGGAGGGGCUCUCCCCUGACUCCCCAAAGGAAGCUCAGCUGCGUCGGCUGUGGAGCGCCCUGCAGCGCACGAGAAGCCUCCUCAGCAGCGUGACAUGGGACUCGGACACCCAGCGCUCACAACACUCGGCAGAGAUGGCAGAGGUACACAGGUCUUUGGAGCAGAUCCGAAUCUUUACACAGCACAAAGAUGUUUUGACUGGAGAGGUACAAGAUGAAAAUGAUCAGCUCAAGGACCAGCUGCGACACGUAAUAUCCCUUCAAGAUUCCCAGAUAAGUGAGGUGGCUAAGAUGCUGUACCAGCAGGGUCUCACGGAGUUGAUUCACAGCAGCCCAAGCGAGCAGGUGGCCUACCUCCUGGUGGAGCGAGCCUCCCUGCUCGAGUCGAGUGGCGAUCCUGACAUUAUGCCGGGCGAUGGACACGCCGCCAGCCUGUUGGGGACUGAAGCAAAGGCAUCGAACAGCAAUGCGAACCAGUUUCCCCUCAAGGGGGCGCCAGGUCACGGCCGAAGCCCAUGGAAGAGACUCUUUGGACUCCACAAAGCCUCACAGAGCAAACUUACCUUUAUUCCUAUUGAGGCCAGGCAUUCGGCUGGCCAGGCAAGCAGCGUUGAGAGGGAAUGCUCCCGCCUGGAGCGGGACGUGGAAGAGGGCUCCCGGCGGCUCGCCAUGGCCCACACUGAGAUCCGGCAUUUGACGGAUGAGCUUGAGUCUGCCCAUUUGACCCAAAGAGCUUAUGAACCCGAGCUGCAAGCGGCGCAGCAGGAGGUAGAUGAAAUCAGGCAGGAAGUACAAAAACUGAAGAAAUAUGAAUUAGUGGAACUGAGAAAAGCCAAAGCGCUGAAUGAUCGCUUGGAGCUUGAGAUCAGAGCCUCGAGGAGCAGGAUACGCAACCUGGAUGCUGAAAAAAGUUCUCUGCAACAGAUGGUGGGGUCUCUGCAGAAGAAGGUGGAGCAGCUGAAGUCCGCUCUGACGGAGCAGCCGCAGCUCCACACUAAGCAGGUUCAGUCUCAAGUAGAGGCAGCACAGAGCAACCAGUCCUGCAGACAUUUGCAAGAGGAACUCACUGCUCACAGGGAACCGGAGGAAACUGUGAGUACUUGGCUGCAGUCCACCCUACCAGAGCAGCAGCAGCUCCUCACUGUGCAGGAUCAAGCCAACCUUGUUACUGAGGUACAUUCCCUCAAGCAGCAGCUGAAUACUUCCCUUCAUGACCCAGAUAACCUCACAGCUAGCGUCUUCGAAAGGGAAAACAAUGUUCAGAAUCAAAAGUCAUGUCAAGAACGUGGGCAACCUUUUGAAAACACUCCCAGUCAGCUGAAAGCGGAUGAGACUCAGACACAACUACAGCUGCAGAACUUUGAACAAGAGUGUCCCGAUUAUCAAAAAACAGUGACGACUCCCCUGGCCACCAAAGAUGAGUGUGAGACACUCCAGAGGGAGAUCUGUGAAACCCUUAAAUGCCUCGACAAAGAGCGGCGCAAAUGCCACGAAAUGAAAGAAAAGCACAAGGCAAAACUGCGUCGAACCAAACGCAAAUGUGAUGAGCAAACAACGUGGCGAGAUGAAAAGAUACAGAAUCUUGAGCGGCAGCUGUCCUUGUGCUGCCUUUCAUUAUCAAAGGAAAAAGAGAUUACCAUAAGUAUUACUGUGGAAAAUGAGAAACUACUUGGAGAGAGAAGAAGGCUACUACAACAACUAAACGAGGAGGAGCACAACAAGAAGGACAGUAAUCUAAGCGCCUCUUUGUCCAAAUGCAGGGUGGAUUUUCUAGAAAUGGAAAACAAGAAGCUCGGAAACAAAAUAGUCCACAUGUCCAAUCCAAGUUGCAUCUCUUGCAACAUGCAAGAGAUGCAACCGCUGCACUUUGCUGAGGAAUGUAAGAAAACCUCUAAACUUCGUGUGCAGGUUUUUAAAUCCCUCGCUCUGCAAACUUCAAGUGUGGUGAUGCCCGAGGUGUCUGAAACCCACGGAUCACUGGACUGAAACCGGAGACAGCGGACGGAUGUGCCUUCCUCGCUCCGCUCAAAAUCACUGUCCAUCUGCAACAUGAAUGUACUCCACAGAAAUAUCAAGUUGU